UCCAUUUCCCAUUUCCCUAAAAACCCUCUUCCUCCUUCUUCUUCUUCUUCUUCUUCUUCAGUUCUACGGUUCUACCAGCAGCAGAGCAUCAGAUCUCGAAUUUUUCAGCUAUUCCGAAGGCGAAUCUAACCACCAUCGAGGUUCUGAGACAAUGAAGCCAAAAAGACAAAAAUAUAACGACCAUGAUGUAAUAGAAGAUCGACUGAGUAAUAUACCAGAUUUCGUUUUACUUCACAUACUCUCCUUUGUGGAGGACACCAAACGUGCAGUUCAAACUUGCAUACUGUCCAAAAGAUGGAAGAAUAUCUGGAAGCAUCUUCACUCUCUAACAUUAAAUUCCUCACGCUUUAGCAAUUACAAGAAUUUUACAAAAUUUGUGUCUCGUAUUUUGUCUCUUCGCCAAGCGUCAACAUCACUGCAUUCUCUCGAUUUUCAGCAUCAUGGUAUUAUGGAGUCUCGCCUACUUAAAAGGAUUGUUAAAUACGCUGUUUCACACAAUGUCCAGCGAUUACGAAUCCAUAUCAAUUGUCAUUUUCACCACUUUCCAACUGGUGUCUUUUCAUGUCACACACUAACCUCUCUUGACCUUUAUGUUGGUCACCCUACAACGGAUGAGCAAUUAUUAUUUCCUAAUUCUCUUGAUUUGCCAGCAUUAACCAGCCUAUCUCUAAAUUCAUUUACCUUUUGUGUUGGCGAUGAUGGUCGUGUUGAUCCUUUUUCCACAUUAAGCAGUUUAAAUAGUUUGAUCAUUCGGCGUUGUAAAGUUCGUGAUGCAAAUGCACAUAACCUCUGCAUAUCAAGUGCCACACUUGUCAAUUUAACUAUUGAAACAGGUCCCUAUGACUAUUGCAAAGUUGAGUUAUCUACUCCAAUUCUUUGCACCUUUGACUUUGUUUGUACCGGGGGUGUUCCUGCUCUCUGUGGGAGCAACAACAAUCUAUCUUCUGUCAAACAUGUAAAUAUUAAUGUAAAGAGUUUUGCGAAUUGUACAGAGGUUUCACUGGCGCUACUCAGCUGGCUGGUUGAGCUUGCGAAUAUCAAAUCAUUGAUAAUCACUUCUUCUACUCUUAAGGUUCUCUCGUGGCUUCCUGAAUUAUUGGAGUUUGAGUUCCGUUCCUUGUGUAACUUGAAGUUACUUAAACUAAAAACCGACAUGUACACGCCUUUACCUUUAUCCAUACCUAAUGGAACAUUGUACUUUUUGCUUCAAAACUCACCCUCAGCAAAGGUUGAAAUCACAUGUUGAUUAAAGAUUUUAUGUAUUCCUAUUUGAGAAGUUACGCGGACAGAAUCCAUGGGAGGAGAUUUCCCCUCGAAACCUAUGACUCUGUGUGCGACGAUAGUAUGGGAUGCAUCAGAUUGGGCUACCAAUGGUGAAAAGUAGAAUGGUGAAAAGUAGAGUAAAUUACUAGUACUGACUGUAGGUCUCUAAGUUCUCCGAUCUUGUCUUACAUGGUUGUGCAGUAGAUCCGAUUGAAUACGUAGCUAAAUGUGACACUGCUCAAAGUUCCGAAUUGUCCUUGUUUUUGUAUAUUAUUUGUAGCUUGCAGUUGCUCUGCAGGUGCUAUAAUCAGAUUUAAUCAAGGGGGAAAUACAAUAUAACAUCCUAUUCCUAAAUUGUGACAAAAAAAAUUGUGACAAA